AUGGAGCAGCCAGCCAAGGGUCUUGGGAGAACUGUCGGCCAUGCUGAUCAUAAAAUUGAUGUUGAGUUCUUGAACAAGCCACUUGAGCGCUUUGCUGAAAUGCAAACAAUAUUUGGGAAUACCAUGGCUACAGGAAAUUUUGCAAAGGACUCUAGUGCACCUCUUGGUACCGUAGAUGCUGACACUGAAGCUGAAGAGGUUACUGGACAUGAUUUCAGUGAAGCACCAAGCAGUACUCCAGAUAAUAAUGGGGCAACAUCUUCUGCAAGCAAGACCAAGAAAGCCAAGAUAGCUGAAAAUGAAGAAGAAGGGCUGAUUAGUGUUUUUCAAAAGUGUAGGUGA